AUGACAGUAAGUGGAGCACCAGAGAAAAACGAAGAUCAUGCCGAACGAAUAUGCAAUGUAGCCUUAGGCAUGUUGUAUGAAGGUCGUACGGUUCAGGAUUCUAUUUUAAACAAAGCUUUUUCGAUUCGAUGUGGAAUUCACACUGGGUCGAUUGUGGCGGGGGUGGUUGGUCAGAAAAUGCCACGGUAAGAACUUUCUUUACAAAGCAAAAAAUGGCUUGAACUUUCUUUACAAAACAAAAAAUGGCAAGAACUUUCUUUACAAAACAUAAAAUGGCAAGAACUUUCUUUACAAAACAAAAAAUGAAAACUUUCAGCUACUGCCUCUUCGGUGACACAGUAAACACCGCCUCUCGUAUGGAAUCACACAGCCCGCCCGGUCGAAUCCAUCUAAGCACGAUAGCCAAAGAGUACGCCGAACGUACCGGUCGAUUCCUAUUCGUAUCUCGGGGUGUUAUUGCGGUCAAAGGGAAGGGUAUGAUGGAGACGUACUUCUUGAAACAGAGCUUGAAAAAGUCGAUUUGGGAGAUUAUCGACCGGAAACGAGACGAAAACUCGAAUUCGAUCGACGGCUACUCGGAAUUGACCGCUGGGAUUGAGGAAGAUGCUGCCAGAGAAUAUGACAAAAGCUCCAAGAUUUGUAGCAUUAUGUAG